AUAAGUUAUAUAAAAUUAUAAAACUAUCAUUUUAAGCAACGUCCAUAGAGAAGAAACUGACUUUUUGUUUAUUUUUGUCAAUGAGGUAUAUUUACAGGUAGGUACAUUUUAUAUAUAAUUGAUUUUUGUGUUUUAUUAUGUUAAACUGAGAAACGUAACCAAAGCGCUUCCGGUUCCGGUUCAASGAAAAGGUCAAACCAAGAUGGCGCCGCCCGAAAAAAAACAUGCUCGUAACCAGGCUUGUGUUAUUCCUGGAGGAUUUACUGUUCUCUCCUUACAGUUCAGCUCCGACUGUCCUGCACGGCACUCCGUGUUCGUGAAGGAGCACAAAGUCCGAAACGACAAGAGUUCGGGCAGACCAAUGGACCGGACCUUAUUUGUGCUCAACAUCCCUCCAUAUUGCUCCCAGGCGGUUGUGAAAGAUUUGUUCUCCCAGUUCGGCAGCAUUAGGUCUGUAGAGCUGAGAGACCACCCGGGUUCUUCUGAGGAGUCUGAACCUAAUUUGUCCAGGUUCUUCAGACCAGCUGAGAAACKGGGUUUCAAAGUGGGCUACAUUGUGUUUGACAGCCCGUCUAGUUUAGCAGCAGCCAAGUCCCAUUCUCAGGAUGAUCCUCUGGUGGUCUGCACAGAGCUGCGCCCGGUGAAGACAGGAGUUCAGAAAUGGAUCCAACAGUACACAGAGUCUUUCAUCCACACCAACAAACUCCAACAAGUAGUCGACUCGUUCAUGCAAGACUACGACAAGCGUAAAGAAGAGGAAGCAGAGCGGCAGAAAGAGGAGGCAGAGAAACAACAAGAGGAUGAGGAGGGCUGGGUCAAAGUCACCAAAGGGCACAAAGGUGCUAAGGCCCGCCCCCACACUGAGGCGGCCAAUCAGAGGACUCUGCAGAAGGAAAAGAGAAAGAAGAUGAGGAAGGAGCUUCUGAACUUCUACACCUGGCAGCACAGGAACACGCAGAAAGAACAUAUUGCUGAACUGAGAAAGAAGUUUGAAGAAGAUAAACAGAGAAUAGCUCUAAUGAGAGCUCAAAGAAAGUUCAAACCUUACUGAAUCAACUUUUUUUUUCCAAUUAAACUUUUCUGCUUUUCAAUUCUAUUAUA